AAUGUGUCGACAAGACGUAUAAGUUUCUCUUUCAUGUCCACCAACACCAUAACCUCACACGCGCGCGCAAACACGCGCACAAACAAAGAGCGAAGAAGAACGGCACAUUUCUAUUGGACGUCAGCGCCGCCGACUCGCAGCUAUCUCUACCUCUCCAGAUCGAAGAUGGCGAUGUCGGUGUUUCCCGGCGUGCGGCUCCUCUCCAUCGGAGAUGCGAACGGAGACAUACAGCGCCACUCUGAGCAACAACCAUUGCGUCUUGAAGUGAAAACCACACAAGACGCGGCACUUAUCAAUCUCUCCAAUGGAGAGGACACAUGCGUGUUCAAGUGUUCCGUCUCCCGGGAGACGGAGUGCAGUCGCGUGGGAAAGCAGUCGUUCAUCAUCACGCUGGGCUGCAACAGUGUGCUACUGCAGUUCGCCUCACCAGCUGACUUUUCCUCGUUCUAUAACCUUCUGAAGAACUGUCGCGGGCACAGCGGGGAACGCUCGGUGUUCAGCGACCGCACGGAGGAGUCCUCUGCCGUGCAGUACUUCCAGUUCUAUGGCUACCUCUCCCAGCAGCAGAACAUGAUGCAGGAUUACGUGCGGACAGGCACCUAUCAACGGGCCAUUCUGCAGAAUCACGUCGAUUUCAAAGACAAGGUGAUUCUCGAUGUAGGCUGUGGCUCUGGUAUCCUGUCCUUCUUCGCAGCCCAAGCCGGCGCGAGGAAAGUCUACGCUGUGGAGGCCAGCACUAUGGCGCAGCACGCUGAGGUGUUGGUGAACAGCAACCGGCUGGGGGACCGUGUGGUGGUCAUCCCGGGCAAGGUGGAGGAGGUGACCCUCCCGGAGCAGGUGGACAUCAUCAUCUCUGAGCCCAUGGGCUACAUGCUGUUCAACGAGCGCAUGCUGGAGAGCUACCUGCACGCCAAGAAGUUCCUCAAACCCAACGGUAAAAUGUUCCCCACCCUCGGCGACGUGCACCUGGCCCCCUUCACAGACGAGCAGCUCUACAUGGAGCAGUUCACCAAGGCCAACUUCUGGUACCAGCCCUCUUUCCACGGCGUCGACCUCUCUGCCCUGCGCGGGGCGGCGGUGGACGAGUACUUCCGUCAGCCCAUUGUGGACACGUUCGACAUCCGUAUUUUAAUGGCAAAGUCGGUCAAGUACACAGUCAACUUCCUGGAUACCAAGGAAGAGGAUCUUUACAGAAUAGAGAUACCCUUCAAGUUCCACAUGAUGCACUCUGGGCUGGUGCACGGCCUGGCCUUCUGGUUUGACGUGGCGUUUAUCGGUUCAGUGACGACCGUCUGGCUGUCCACGGCGCCCACCGAGCCCCUCACCCACUGGUACCAGGUCCGCUGCCUACUCCAGUCACCGCUGUUCACCAAGGCCGGGGACACGCUCUCCGGCACCGCACUGCUGAUCGCCAACAAGAGACAAAGCUAUGACAUCAGUAUUGUCGCCCAAGUGGACCAGACAGGAUCUAAGUCCAGCAACCUCUUGGACUUGAAGAACCCGUUUUUCAGGUACACAGGCACCAGCCCCACCCCCCCACCGGGCUCCCAUUACUCCUCCCCCUCAGAGAACAUGUGGAACACAGGGGGGGCCUACAGCAUGGGCCAGGGCAUGGCUGUGGCAGGGAUGCCUGCGGCCUAUGACCUGAGUACGGUCAUCGGGAGUGGUCCAGCAGUGUCACACAACAACCUUAUUCCGUUAGUGAACUCUGGGAUUGUGAACCACACCCAUUCUAGGAUGGGGUCCAUCAUGAGCACAGGCGUUGUCCAGGGAGCGAACACGGGCCAGGCCGGGCCCAGCAGCAGCACGCACUACCCCGUCACCAACCAGUUCACCCUGGGAGGCGCCGCCAUCUCCAUGGCCUCGCCCAUGGCCAUCCCGAGCAACACCAUGCAUUAUGGGAGUUAGGAAGAAGCCUCCGCCCCCCCCCCCGCCCAACUCAUGCAUGAGGAAACUGAAUCUGAAGCUCCCAAAGGUGCCCACACUCGACGGCCACAGCCAACUCAGUAUACCAAACCCAGUACCACCCAGGCCCCUCCCAGCCCCUCUGCUUCUACGUGAUGGUCUACACUAUCCUCGAUCCAGUACCACCCAGGCCCCUCCCAGCCCUUUGCUUCUACGUGAUGGUCUACACUAUCCUCGAUGCCGUCCCCCGCCCCACAGACACGCCUCACUCCCCUAACCUCUGGACUUAAGACCUCCCCGCCGACCGACCGCGGCUCCCCCUCGCUAUCUGACCACCUCCGUCCACCCGACAGCCGCUGAACUUUUUUUUGGGACCCGCUACACUACACAGAAACGCAUCCAUAAACACGCGCACAAUGCAUCUGGGAUCUUUCUUUAACGUUGAGCUGCAUGGCUAGACUUUUAGUACCCCCCCCCCCCCCCCAUCCAGGACUGCAUGCCAGAUAUAGUGAAAGGAACGUCCCUUCAUUUCACUCGUAUCCUCUCCCUAGUAGGGGGCAUCGUGGGACAUCUUUAUUGUGAGAUAUCAGGUCACUGUCCCUUUUACAUUGCAGCAUCAAGUUCACUGCACUACCAUCACAGUAAAGAACUGUAUAGCAACCUCGCGCGAGUGUUGGACUGAGGCUGCUGCUGCGGGCUCCUGGCCGCCCGCAGGCUGCCAAAGGGACUCCGGGCCCUUCGCUCCCUUUUUGUUUUUUCUCCUUUUUUCGUAUUUUUUUUGUCUGAGGAAUAAAAAAAAAAUAUUUUGGAUGUUUCAUGGCAAAAAAUGAACUGCUAAAAUGUGAAGAAACAUUUGAAAGAGUCCAAAAAGUGAAAUGUGUUUCAGACGACUAUUAGCGUUAUUAGAGAGCCAAUCCUCUUUUUAAACAGCCCCUAGCAGAGCAUUCUGAUGAAUACAACGGACCGCUGGGUGUCAGCCUGGCCGUCUCUUUUUAUUGUAGAAUAACCCGUAGCUUAGUUGUCCCAGUUUACAUAUUGUCUCCAUCGCUCAUAUUCUUGCCUGGUAUUGUUCCGAACCUCUUAAGUUCCACGCCUAUCUCUUAUCUUGGGAUUGUCAUGAAAAUGCCCCAACCCAAUUCAGUUUUUCACUUGAUGGGAACCAAACACUAGCAUCAAAACACUGGCCCAGCCCCAAGCACCGCUAAUGCAGUUGCUCCGUCUCUAAUUUGCAAUACAGGGUGAUGACGUCACUCGCCACCAAUUUGGUCCAAUCGGAAACGAUGGAUGCAAUAUCCUGUUUCACCAGAGGUGUCGCUGUCCCUGAGGUCCGGUGUUAGUGUUUGGUUCUAUAUUGCGGCGGAAGAGAGAUUUAUACAUUGCUUCCAAACGUUUGACCAUUAUCUGGUUUUCUUUCAUUAACAAAAAAAAAUGGGAAAGUGUCAUACACCCAUCUGGAUCCAAGUCUUGCUGUAGACCUACUAAACAUUUUGUUUCAUAGUUUGUUGAAUAGAAAUCAUGAACAUAUCCAAAUGCUUAUCAUGUAAUGGCAACUCUAUUGGCACUCAUGCCCAUGUUUCUUAUAUUGCUCUGUGUAGAAGAUAGUGGUAUCCACUUUUAUUAUGAAAAGUGAAUGAGGAAGACCAUUGUCUGACAUGUUGUUGUGUGUUUCUGUCAGCCCAUAAAUAGCCUUUUUUUUUAACUGUCCUCUACCAUAGGCAACGAUGGCUGUCUCUAAAUACCAUUGUUUACCAUGGCGGCCAUUUGGUAUUAAGGGUUAAGGGUAUUAUUAUUUUUCCAGUUCAGAACUGGCUACUCUUGAAUCAGCUCAUAUUGGGCGGGCGCAGUAGCUGGCCGAGUCCAGGGGGCGACGUUAGCUUUGUUAGCCCGAGCAUGUUCAUAAUAGUUUGGGUUUUCUCGGCCGUCCCUCUGCUGAUUUGAGGGAGGGAGGGACAAUGGGGAAUUAAUGGUGUUAAAAAGGGGCUUCCUACAAUUUGAAAGAUGCCUUGAUGUCUGUUGAAGCCUUUCAUCAAUUUAUUUCUCAGGUACAUGAAAUUCCUCUGAUCUCAUGGAUGUGUGGUGGGGAACACUACUAUUCACAUGAGAGGGCCCAUGCUGGUGUUUUUUUGUUUCUUUACAAAUCUGAUAAUUGCUGAUUCAGCCAGGAAGCUUUAAUAUUGUUGUAUGGGUCUAAACCUUUUAUUUUGUAUUAUAGACUAUAAUGGAUAACCACACACUCACGAUGUUGAGUGUUUUUUCAUUGACAUGCCCCAUAUGUCCAAACAAGUAUUUUAGACAAUUCACACACAUACUCAAACUAUUCAGUAAACUGAGCGGGCAAGUCCUUCCCUCGCAAAAUGCACAUAACGGUUAUUUUAGACGGGUGGAUAGGACACCAUUGGCCGAAGGGCUGCCGAUGCCAAAGGUUAAGCUGAGGAAUAAGUGACCGUUUUUUAGCGUAGCUUACAUUCAUCGUCUUGGACCAAUCCGUCCUGUAUCUACCCUGAGGUCUUGUGCUGGUGGGAGAACAUCCUGUGGCUUACCAAGAGGCUGUAGGCUUACCCGUGUUCAGGGUAAAACAUUGUAUAGGUCCAGGUGUCAAACAAUGGAACAUUAUCUCGUCAUGGUAUACUCAACACCCUCAAACAGUGGGCAUGCCGACUAUCCUAAGUGAAGAUGGCAAAGGUAAGUCACAGAAACUUGGGAAGAAAGGUGCAUGCAAUUUUUACAUCUUUCAACCAACAGUGUUUUUAUUAAGCAGUGACCGGGUUAUUUGUAGGCAACAGAAAUGGGAGUGCAAUAGUUGGCAUUGAUUGACAGGUAUUUUGUUUUUGUGAUGACCAAAACAAAGAACAGCCCUUACCAGUAGGUGAACCAUCAAGGAUUCACUGAAUCAUAAUCUGUUUAUUUACACUCAUUAUGAAAAUAAUAAAAUUUAGAUGUCCCUGUUAAAAAUGAAUUUGUGGAUUUCCCUCCGGUGUGAAGUAAUUUUGAAUGUCUAACUUAUUACACACCUUGAAAGAAGUUAUGGUAUUUCCAUUGUCUGGUACAUUGCCUUUUCGUCAGUGAAGUGCCAUGCCCCUUUAAGUGGAAUAUUGUUGCCUUUGCAUAGGUUUCUGCUGAAUGCAAAGCAACAAGGAUAGCGGUCUUGUUUAUGCAUUUUGUUAAGGUGCUAGAAAGGAAGGACGAAUUGCACCACAAUGUUGCGUCGAUUCAAAUCUAGAUUCAUGCAAUGUACCAGAAUGAAAAAAAUAAAUACAAUAAAACUUAAGUGAUGAGUCAAAGUCACAGUUUAUCACCAGUAGCUGAUCACAUAGCAGGGAGAACUAGAGAGGCCCACUCAGUGUGCCUGGGUCACUUGGGUUGUCAUCAUAGGCAGCGUCGUGGUCCCUGGUGUUGCCAUGUGAACUGCUGUAUGAAAGAAGUACAUCUGAAAGAACCAAUGAACACGUUUCAUUAUUUCCAUAUCCGGUUAAAUUCAAAAGGACAGUUUAUUCCAUGCAUAUUUUGUUUGCAUAGUGUUUGGCAUACAUCCUGGUCAAAGAAGACAUUGCUGUGACAGGAUCUGGGGUGUUUAUUCUAGAUGGUAUGCGCAGGUACUAGGUAGUAUACUAGUAGUCAGCUGGUUAAGGGGCGAGUGACGGCAGGUACUAGGUAGUAUACUAGUAGUCAGCUGGUUAAGGGGCGAGUGACGGCAGGU